GCCCCCCUGCCUAGCCCUGCUCCCUAGACUCCCAGAAAUCUCGGGUCAGAGGGCACACACAGCCUCAGGAGCUCUUGUCCGUCGGGACCAUGGACUGGUGGCAGCUGUGGCUGGGUUUCCUACUCCCCAUGACAGUGUCACGCCAGGCCCUGGGGCCUGCAGAGAAGGAGGCAGCUGUGGAGUACCUGUUGCAAUAUGGGUACCUACAGAAGCCUCUAGAAGGACCUGAUGACUUCAGGCCAGAAGAUAUCACCGAGGCUCUGAGAGCUUUUCAGGAAGCAUCUGAACUGCCAGUUUCAGGUCAGCUGGAUGAUGCCACAAGGGACCGCAUGAGGCAGCCUCGUUGUGGCCUAGAGGACCCCUUCAACCAGAAGACUCUUAAAUAUCUGCUGCUGGGCCGCUGGAGAAAGAAGCAACUGACCUUUCGCAUCUUGAACCUGCCCUCCACCCUCCCACCCCACACAGCCCGGAAAGCCCUGCUUCAAGCCUUCCAAUACUGGAGCAAUGUGGCUCCCUUGACAUUCCGGGAGGUGCAGGCUGGCUGGGCUGACAUCCGCCUCUCCUUUCAUGGUCGCCAAAGCCCCUAUUGCUCCAAUACUUUUGAUGGGCCUGGGAGGGUCCUGGCGCAUGCCGACAUCCCAGAGCUGGGCAGCGUGCACUUCGAUGAAGAUGAGCUCUGGACUGAGGGGACCUACAGGGGGGUGAACUUGCGCAUCAUUGCAGCCCAUGAACUUGGCCAUGCCCUGGGGCUUGGGCACUCCCGAUAUACCCAGGCACUCAUGGCCCCUGUCUACGCUGGCUACAGGCCCUACUUCAAGCUGCACCCAGAUGAUGUGGCAGGGAUCCAGGCUCUCUAUGGCAAGAAGAGCCCAGAUACAAGGGAUGAGGAAGAAGAAGAGAUGGAACUACCCAUUGUAUCCCCAGUGCCCACAGAACCCAGUCCCAUGCCAGACCCCUGCAGGGGUGAACUGGAUGCCAUGAUGCUGGGGCCCCGUGGGAAGACCUAUGCUUUCAAGGGGAAUUAUGUGUGGACUGUGACAGAUUCAGGGCCCGGCCCCUUAUUCCGAGUGUCUGACCUUUGGGAGGGGCUCCCAGGAAAUCUGGAUGCUGCUGUCUACUCUCCUCGAACACAAUGGAUUCACUUCUUUAAGGGAGACAAGGCGUGGCGCUACAUUAAUUUCAAGCUAUCUCCUGGCUUCCCAAAGAAGCUGAAUAGGGUAGAACCUAACCUGGAUGCAGCUCUCUAUUGGCCUUUCAACCAAAAGGUGUUUCUCUUUAAGGGCUCCGGGUACUGGCAGUGGGACGAGCUAGCCCGCACUGACUUCAGCCAUUACCCCAAACCAAUCAAGAAGUUAUUUACGGGAGUGCCAGACCAGCUCUCAGCUGCUACGAGUUGGCGGGAUGGCCGAGUCUACUUCUUCAAGGGCAAAGAGUACUGGCGCCUCAACUGGCAGCUUCAAGUAGAGAAAGGCUAUCCCAGAAAUAUCGCCCACAACUGGAUGCACUGUCAUUCCCAGACUCUAGAUGUUACCCCGUUGAGUGGAGACACCACUCCCUCAGCUACAGGAACAACCUUGGACACCACUUCCUCAGCCACAGACACCACCUUGAAUACUGACCAUUCACCCACAGAUACAAUCUUGGAUGUUAUACCCUCAGUCAUAGGCUCCACUUCCCUUAUAUUCCCUGCUAAUGUCACCCUCCCAGAGGCUUGAGACCAGGAAUCAAAUGUCUACUCACUAGAACCAUGCAGGUGCUGCAGCAGGGGCACGACCAUAGACCUCCAGCCUCCAACAGUUCCAACUCUAGCUACCAUUCUACUGCACUCUUUCCCUCCUGGGAAGCACCCCCUA